CCUAGACAUUAUAUCUCCAGUACAUCAACAAACAUCUGUUUUGUACAACAACUGAUACUGCAGAAGUAUUUUCUGGAACACUACCAUGUUGUAUCUUCCUAGACAUUAUAUCUCCAGUAUAUCAACAAACAUCUGUUUUGAACAACAACUGAUACUGCAGAAGUAUUUUCUGGAACACUACCAGGUUGUAUCUUCCUAGACAUUAUAUCUCCAGUAUAUCAACAAACAUCUGUUUUGUACAACAACUGAUACUGCAGAAGUAUUUUCUGGAACACUUCCAGGUUGUAUCUUCCUAGACAUUAUAUCUCCAGUACAUCAACAAACAUCUGUUUUGUACAACAACUGAUACUGCAGAAGUAUUUUCUGGAACACUUCCAGGUUGUACCUAAAUGGACACUAUACCUUCAGUAUUGCAAGAAUAACAACACUUGUGAUUCUGAUCAGUUUUUAAAUGGUCUGGUAAUAUUAAUAAAAAACAUUUUUCAUAAAUAGAAUUCUAUCUAAAAAUUGCAUUGUAGUUCAAAGAAAAAUACAAGUUAGUAAUGCUGAAGUUAAGAAUUUUCAGAAAAUAUGUGUUUAAACAUAAUUAAGAAAUAAUAAUAAUAAAGUUUUUCAGUAUAUCUGAAAGUUCUAAUAUAUACGUCAAUCUUUUUACAAACAAAAAAAUCAUUGCAAUCCUUUAAGUUCAAAAAAAAAAAACUUAAUUAGAGCUCAUAAGUGGAAAUAGUUUUGUAACCUGAUAAUAUAUUUAUGAGGAAAACUGUUUCUUCAGUGGCUAAAAUAAGUUUAACAAAGUAAAUUUUGAAAUAUGCAUUAGAGUAUGUAAGAAAGAUUAAUGAUACCACUGUUGUAUAACUAAAAUAUUAUAAAAUGAAAUUUCCUCUCUUGAAAAAUAUGGAAAAACAUAAAGGAAAUAAACCAUAUCAGUGUCCAGAGUGUCUGAAAUGUUUUACUGAAAAAGGCAAUCUUGUGACACAUAUGCGAGUACAUACAGGAGAUAAACCAUUUCAUUGUUCCGAGUGUCUGAAAUGUUUUACUGAAAAAGGCAAUCUUGUGACACAUAUGCGAGUACAUACAGGAGAUAAACCAUUUCAUUGUUCAGAGUGUCUGAAAUGUUUUACUCAAAAAAGCAAUCUUGUGACACAUAUGCGAGUACAUACGGGAGAUAAACCAUUUCACUGUUCCGAGUGUCUGAAAUGUUUUGCUCGAAAAAGCAGUCUUGUGACACACAUGCAAAUACACACAGGAGAAAAAGCAUUUCAGUGUUCAGAGUGUCUGAAAUGUUUUAAUCAAAAAGGCAGUCUUGUGACACAUAUGCGAGUACACACAGGAGAUAAAACAUUUCAAUGUUCAGAGUGUCUGAAACGUUUUACUCAAAAAGGCAGUCUAGUGACACAUAUGCGAGUACACACAGGAGAUAAAACAUUUCAAUGUUCAGAGUGUCUGAAAUGUUUUACUCAAAAAGGCAGUCUUGUGACACAUAUGCGAGAGCACACAAGAGAUAAACCAUUUCCGUGUUCCGAGUGUCUGAAAUGUUUUACUCGAAAAAGCAGUCUUUUGACACAUAUGCAAGUACACACAGGAAAAAAACCAUUUCAGUGUUCAGAGUGUCUGAAAUGUUUUACUCAAAAAGGUAGUCUUGUGGCACAUAUGCGAGUACACACAGGAGAUAAAACAUUUCAGUGUUCAGAGUGUCUGAAAUGCUUUACUCAAAAAGGUAGUCUUGUGACACAUAUGCGAGUACAUACAGGAGAUAAAACAUUUCAGUGUUCAGAGUGUCUGAAAUGCUUUACUCAAAAAGGUAGUCUUGUGGCACAUAUGCGAGUACACACAGGAGAUAAACAUUUCGUGUUCAGAGUGUCUGAAAUGCUUUACUCAAAGAGGUAGUCUUGUGACACAUAUGCGAGUACAUACAGGAGAUAAAACAUUUCAAUGUUCAGAGUGUCUGAAAUGUUUUACUCAAAAAGGCAGUCUAGUGACACAUAUGCGAGUACACACAGGAGAUAAACCAUUUCAAUGUUCAAAGUGUCUCAAAUGUUUUACUCAAAAAGGCAAUCUUGUGACACAUAUGCGAGUACACACAGGAGAUAAAACAUUUCAAUGUUAAGAGUGUCUGAAAUGUUUUAAUCAAAAAGGCAGUCUUGUGAAACAUAUGUGAGUACAUACAGGAGAUAAAACAUAUUAGUAUUCAAUGUGUCAGGAUUAUUUUAGUUAUAUACACAUUCUCCUCUUCAAGGGGGGCUCCUUGGCGUGGUGAAGAGGCUCUUGGUCUGAGGAAUUAGACCUGUCGGUCUUCUUCCUCAGACCGAACCUAAUUACCCCCCAAUCACCCCUCCCCUAUCCUAUCCUCCCCAUCCUCCCCUUUUUCCUUUCCUCCUCCUCCUCCCCACCCCUCCCUUUUGCCCUUCCUCUUUUUGGCCUCUGGGAUUUCUCCCACAGGCACGCUAGUUC